AUGGCAGACUGCCCUCAUACAAUUGGCGUGGAGUUUGGCACAAGGAUAAUCGAGGUUAGUGGACAGAAGAUCAAGCUGCAGAUUUGGGACACGGCAGGACAGGAGCGCUUCAGGGCCGUCACCCGCUCCUACUACCGCGGCGCUGCCGGGGCCCUGAUGGUCUACGACAUCACCAGGAGAAGCACUUACAACCACCUCAGCAGCUGGCUGACCGACGCUAGAAACCUCACCAACCCCAACACCGUGAUCAUUCUCAUAGGAAACAAAGCAGACCUGGAGGCCCAGAGAGAUGUCACGUAUGAGGAGGCUAAGCAGUUUGCUGAGGAGAACGGCUUGUUGUUUCUGGAGGCCAGUGCAAAAACGGGUGAAAACGUUGAGGACGCCUUCCUGGAAGCGGCCAAGAAAAUCUAUCAGAACAUCCAAGAUGGCAGCCUGGACCUGAACGCCGCAGAGUCCGGGGUCCAGCAUAAGCCCUCGGCCCCCCAGGGCGGCCGGCUAACCAGCGAACCACAGCCCCAGAGAGAAGGCUGCGGCUGCUAA